CGCUCAAAGUCAACCUCGGUUCUCCAAACAGGAAGUACGUGCAUGAGUACUGUUUUGCAUUGCCAGGCGCCAUGGAGGAGUACAGCAAUCAGCUGAGAGUGUUUGUACAGGAGCAUUCAACGGGAGUCACGGCUGUCAUCCUCACUGGUGUGGGCUUCAUAGCUCUGCGUAGGUGGAUGGCAGGGGGUGUGUGUCGCAGCAAAGCUCGUCUGGACGGGAAGACAGUUCUUAUCACGGGAGCAAACACAGGCCUCGGCAAGGAGACUGCAGUGGACCUCGCCAGCAGAGGUGCGCGUGUGAUCCUGGCGUGUCGUGACAUGGGCCGUGGGGGUCGGGCUGCAGAGGAGAUCCGGAAGCGGAGCGGCAACGGGAACGUGCUGCUCAAACAGCUGGACCUGGCAUCCCUGGAGUCCGUCAGGCGCCUGGCAACCGACGUCCUGGCAACAGAGGAGCGCCUCGACAUCCUCAUCAACAACGCAGGCGUGAUAUGUCCAAAGAGGCAGACGGAGGAUGGCUUUGAGAUGCAGUUUGGUGUGAACCAUCUGGGGCAUUUCCUGUUGACCAACAGACUGCUCCCCAUACUCAAGAAGUCCACACCCAGCAGAGUGGUCAACGUCUCCAGCCUCGCACACGAGAAAGGGAAGAUCAACUUCGAUGACAUCAACCAGGAAAAAGACUACGACCCAAUAAAGAGCUACCAGCAGAGCAAACUGGCUAACGUGCUGUUUAGCCGCGAACUAGCUAAGAGACUGGAAGGUUCAGGUGUGACGGUGUACAGUCUGCAUCCUGGUGUGAUUAUUACGGAGAUCUUCCGCCACCUGUCGGAGAUCAUGACCCCGUGGAAGCGCAUGUACUGGGGUGCCCUCAUCACCGUGCUGACUCCCCUCAUCUUCAAGAGCACCAACCAGGGGGCCCAAACCACCAUCUACUGUGCUGUGGAGGAGAGCAUAGCCAACACUAGCGGACUGUACUACAGUGACUGUGCCCCUAAGCAGCCGGCUCCGCAGGCGUGUGACGACGAAGCAGCAAAGAGACUCUGGGACCUCAGCAGCUCCAUGGUGGGACUGGCCUAGGACACACACACACACACACACACACACACACACACACACACACACACACACACACACACACACACA